CGAUUGAAUCUUGAAAAUUAUUCAGUUUUCCACAGUCUCCAUCCGUGUAUCGUGUUGAUGUUACCCAUCUUUGAGAGAAAAUGUUCGUCAAAUAAACAUGAAUAAGGAAACGUGAAUGAUGCUGAGUCCGAAGAUGCAAAGAACUAUCCGCGUGAACGAGAAUCAGCUGAUAAUGUUAUCAGAAAGGGCCCACUAUGACCACUCUCAAGCCGGUUAUUUGCAUAAGAGAUCAGCGGACAGUAGUAAAUGGCAACUGAGGUGGUUCGUGCUUUACCAGAAUUUGCUGUUUUACUACGAUUCGGAAAACUGUCACCGACCUAGUGGCGUCUUGCUUUUGGAAGGAUGCUACUGCGAGCGGCUUAUAACAACCGGAAGCGCCUCAAAAACUAAGGAUGGAUCCGAUAAACAGUACUGUUUCGCUAUAUCGUAUAGAAGAGAAAAUAUUCGCCAGUACGAGCUAAGAGCUUUAAAUGAAAUGGAGUGUAAAAACUGGAUUGAAGCUAUACGAGAAGCAAGUUUUAACAAGUUGAUGUUGCAAAAAGAAGAACUGGAACAGAAACAUUUGCAUUUGUUACAAAUCGUCGAAUCGGAGAAAACAGCAAAGUGGCAAUAUACACAGCAAUGCGAAGAGUUGGCUUCUGAAAUCAAAAAGCUUCGAGCUGAGUUGUUUGCUUUGAAAAAAGAAUGGAAACCGAUUCCAACUCACCAAUCAACAAGCAGUUUGACAUCAAAUCAAGGAACUUCUACAUCAACCGUGUCUGGUCCAUUUGCUCAUAUUGAACAAGAUUCAGCCGAAUUAAGGAAAAUCAAGAAGGUUCAAAGCUUUUUCCGCGGAUGGCUCUGUCGUCGUCGUUGGAAACAAAUCGUCGAACAAUACAUCAAAAGUCCUCAUGCUGAAAGUAUGAGAAAACGCAACAGUCUCGUAUUCCGUAUGGUUGAAGCCGAAGAAGAGUACAUGGAGCAGAUGGAAGUACUCGUUUCUUGUUUUUUGCGACCGUUCAAAAUGGCUGCAUCGUCAAAAAAACCGCCAUGUUCUCACGAAGAUGUCAACUCGAUUUUUCUGAAUAGCGAGACUGUGCUAUUUUUACACCAAAUUUUCCUCAAAGGGUUAACAUCAAGACUUGAAAGCUGGCCUACCUUAGUUUUAGGGGAUUUAUUUUCCAUGCUGCUUCCUAUGUUAAGCAUUUAUCAAGAGUACGUCAGAAACCAUCACUACUCCCUUCAAGUACUUACCGAGUGCAAACAAUCACCGCAAUUUUCGGCUAUGCUUAAGCGACUCGAAAGCAAACCCGCCUGCCAUGGCAGAUCCUUAGAGACUUUCCUCACAUAUCCUAUGCAUCAGGUUCCGAGGUACAUUAUCACCCUCCACGAACUGUUAGCCCACACUCCCCACGAUCACGUCGAACGAAAAAGCCUCCAAAACGCUCGUCAACAACUAGAAGACCUUUCCAGGCAAAUGCACGACGAAGUGUCUGAAACCGAGAAUCUACGAAAAAAUCUAGCCGUUGAAAGAAUGGUAGUAGAAGGUUGCGAUAUUCUCCUCGACGUAAGCCAAGUUUUCGUCCGUCAAGGCAGUCUUAUUCAACUACCCUCUGAAAAACAUAGAAGCUCGAGAAGCAAAUUAAACUUCAAAAGCGAAAAGGAAUGCGUCCGACAAUGUUUCUUGUUCUCGAAUCACCUCAUCAUCGCCACAAGGACUUCAAGCGGAAAACUUCAUUUAGUGCCAGACAUUGGGAAAAUACCCCUAGCUGACGCUCUCUUGAUCGAAGAUCCAAGUGACAAUCCUGAAGACGAUGAAUCAUCGGUUUGUUCAGUUUCGAGUCAAUCGUCGGGAAUUUCCGAAACAUCGGCUGCGACCUGCAGUCUACAUAACCGCGACUUCAAAAUCAUCGUCGACUUGAAGGACGGAUCGCAGCCUGGCCAGGGUGCGCCAGAACUCAGGCCCCAGAGAAAAAUAUAUAAGGUCACGGUGCAUCUGUUGGCGUCUUCGAUGCAAGAGAAAGCUGCAUGGAUUUCCGAUAUCAGCCAGUGCUUGGAUAAUGUUCAAUUUAACGAUAUGAUACGUCCGACGAUGUCUGAUAACAGUUCCAUCACUCUUCCGCAAUCGUUGAAGAAUGAUCCAAAGUUGUUUAAAGACGAGGCAGAUAUCCGAUUCAGUAGAACAAUGAACUCUUGUAAAGUUCCUCAAAUAAGAUACGCAACACCAGAACGCCUUCUUCAAAGACUAACUGAUUUAAGAUUCCUCUCCAUAGACUUCUUAAAUACAUUCCUCCUUACAUAUCGCGUUUUCACUGACGGCGUAACUGUCCUGGAAGCUUUAAAGAAAGUGUUCUAUAGUAGUGAUCCCGAACCACAAGGCUCUGUUAUUUCCCUUGAAGUAUUUUCAAACAAAGACGAAAAUACUUUACAAUUAUACGAUGAUCGAAGACGUAGUAGUUUUUCUCCGCGUAGAACAAGCGGUGCGAGCUCUGUCUCAGGAUACGGCUCAGAAAUGAGUGAGCGAGACAGAUCUCAAAGCUACGACUCUCAAGGCCACAGACAUUGGAAAGCAACUUUGCAGAAAUACGAAGAAGAGAAUCACGAACAAACCCACCCAAGGAUCAUCCGACAAAGCCCGACAACACAACACAAAGAUUCAAUUUCACCCCCAGGCCAAAAAUCAAUCUCCAUCAGAGUCGAACAGUCAGAAACUCCAAAAGAAGACAAAACCCAUCUUGCCAUACCCAAAGUCGCAGCGUCCAGCAGCAGCGAAACUUUGACAGAUGUGACUGUACUAAGUGCACCUUGCUCGCCCAGCAACUUAAGUUCAGUAACACUAGUCGGGUCAUCACCGUCUGAUACUAACGAAGGAGAACCAGGAACUUCUCCUAAAAAGCCAUCGUCACCCAAAAAAGAACCAUCACCCACUAAAGAACCACACCACAGGCCUUCAAUCGUCGAGCGAAAAGUUGAAAGAGGUACCUCGGAAGACACUGAAGAUAUGACACAGUUUUUCAACACCAUGCAUCGGGCAUCGUGCAGCUCUUCACGAUCGGCCAGUAUCUCAACAACGACCACGAGUGCCGUUCUCCAGAGUUAUUAUGGCUCCCGAAGAUCAAUGCAAGAAGGUGAAGCAACUUCAACUGCACGCUCCAGUUUCCAACACGACUCCCCCCAAAAACCCAGCAAGGCAGGAGUUGUCAUAACUUCAUUCCGGCAGUCUAAACGGAGGAGUAGCACAUCGAGCGCUGCUGCAGCUUUCGCCAUUGCCACUUCUGGAUCAAGUAACCCCCGAGAUUUGUCCCCAAGUGGUCGUGAUGGAAGGGGAGGAAUGAUGGAACAAGAUGAGUUCGCCAUGGAACGCAACCGAUACAAGGAAAAUGUCAUCUCGACCGCUUGCACUAUGAGAGUUUUGAACGUCUUGAGACACUGGAUCUCCAAACAUGCGCAAGAUUUUGAAAAUGACCACAAAUUGAAGAACUUGACGAUCGAGUUUUUGGAUGAUAUUAUCUACAGUCCGAAUUUGCUCCCAGCUGAGCAUAAAGCAGCAGCUCAAUUGUUGAGAUUGUUAACCAAGGAAGAAACCGACAGUUCUAAAGUCGAUAUUUUCCAACUAAUUUCCGCACCUUCGACCCCAAGCAAGGAAAGUAUUGAAACUCUUUCAGCACUUGAAAUUGCAGAGCAGUUGACCUACAUUGACCACCAGAUUUUUAUCUCGAUUUCGAGCGAGGAAUUUCUAGGACAGGCUUGGAUGAAGAAUGAUAAGACUAGCCGAGCUCCGCAUAUUCUCUUAAUGACAAAACGUUUCAACGACGUUUCUUGUUUAGUGGCUUCGGAAAUCCUCCGACGGUCCUCUCUGUGUGCCAGAGUUGCAGCCAUAGAAAAAUGGGCCGCUGUGGCGGACAUUUCGCGUUGUUUGCACAAUUUUAAUGGUGUUUUACAGAUCUGUUCCGCGUUUACUAACAGUUCCGUGUUCCGUUUGAAGAAAACUUGGGAUAAAGUGUCGAAAACGACUCGGCAAACAAUCGAAAAAUUGCAACAUAUAGUGUCAUCAGAUGGUCGGUUUAGGUCACUGCGGGAUGCCCUCCAUAGAUGUGAUCCGCCAUGUAUCCCCUACUUGGGACUUUAUCUAACUGAUUUGUCUUUUAUCGAAGAAGGAACACCAAAUUUUACUCAAGAUGGUCUUUUAAACUUUUCUAAGAUGAGAAUGAUUGCUCAUGUUAUUCGAGAAAUUCGUCACUUUCAACAAACCCCAUAUAAAAUAGAAUUGAUACCUAAAGUUGCUAAUUACUUGUUAGAUUCGUCGUUAUUGAUGGAUGAUGAAGAACUUUACAAUACAUCAUUGGAAAUUGAGCCGCGAACUUCACGUUUAAGUACUUCAGCUCUGGGACAGUUAUCCUUAUCGUCAAAAUCUUAACUGUUAACAAUAGUCUGCAAUCUUAUAGACGCGACAAUCGAAGCCAUCUGCUCUUUAAAACCCUUACAAUCAUCAUUUUAUAAAAUAAUUGAGGUAAUAAUGAUAUUGAAUUAAUUAAAUUUUAUUUCGACAGUUACUUACCUUCGUACGUAACUAACAUUGCAAAACAAUCAUAAAAAAUAAGUCACUGUCAUUAAAUAACCUAAUUUCUCCUGAGGAAGUCGACCCUUGAAACUCUAAGACUGUUAACAGUUAUAGUAUAUCAUUAGGGGAAAGCGUAGGAAAUCUGUCAAAUUAUAUAAAGUGUCUUCAUAGAUACUAUUCUAUAUCACAAGGCCUACAUAUCAAUGAUUUCCUUAGGAGGUAGAAAAUUGACUUUGUUCAUGCUUGAGAAAACAAUGAUUGUUGUAGCGUAGAUUACCAACAAUUCUCCCACAAAAUUUGUGUUUCACAAAUGUUCAGUAUCCCAAAAAUGGUUCAUUUUAUGAUUACACCUUGAACUAAACAAAAAACAAUUUUUGGGAUUGUAUCUGUUAGUUCUAAAUAGUAUCAAAUGUGAUAAUAGUGUGCGCAAAUUAUAUCUACAUGUAGUAAGUAAUAUUGUUGGCUUUUUGUUGUUAAACGCCGUCAUAUCUUUUAAAACAUAUCUAAAUUGAUAUUACACAUCAGACUUUACAAUAAUGUUAUGUGAUUUAAGGAUGUCUUCUAUUGAGUUACCGGUUUCACAUUGUUAAGUGGCGGUUUGCCAAAUUCUAGACGUAAUUAGUGUAAUAAACUAAAAUAAUGUGCCAUCCUUUAACAUUUAAUGUAGUUUUAUGAAGUUUAUUUUGUAGUAAAUGGGAUGUUUAAGUAAAUGUUAGACACAAUAGAUUAAGUUGUCACUCUUUAGUUCAAACCGAUUCGGUUUUUGUUGUUUCACCAAAUGUGUUAGUGCUCAAUUAUUAGUCAAUUAUUUGUUUCGAAACACGUGGCAACUACAAUUUUGCUCACUUCAGCACAUUUGUGCACUUACAAUCUAAAUGUUUCUUUCCGAAUUAAUCAAUUUUAAAUAUUUGUCAAUUCAAUCAGACUUGCUAUUAUAAUACUAUUGAGCACUACGUUUACGACUAAAUGUUACAUUGAUAGUUCAUAGGAAACAAAAUUUUUAAAUAAAUUCACAAAAAUAGAUACGCUUACCUUGAUAUUUUACUCUUGCAACAACCGUAGUUUAUAUUAAAAAAAUCAAGUUUUUAGUAAACUACAACUUACCUUAGCUACGCGAGCCAAAAUUCAACAAUAGAUUUUUGUAAAAAUUUUCAUUUUAAUUGAUACAAUGAUUCUCUAUCAAGCUGUUUUUAUUACAAUGUUAACUUUAUAUGUACAUAAAUAUAAAUAUAUUUCUUUACAAUCUCAUUGUUCCAUAUAUUAU